AUGGGCGGCACUAUCAAACGUCUGGGUGGAAGAAAAAUACGAAAGAUUAUUCAGGAUGACUGGGAGAACGACAUGGAGCUGCCCGACCCAUCUCAAGGAUUCAAGAUCAAGAAGUUGGACCAGUCUGCCUUCCCUGAGAGCCUGCGGCAAGUUAGCAUCGGCUCCUCUUCUACACAGACCAGCCCUGGUAACGUCAUCAGGAUGGCCUCCGCCCUUGACAAGGAUGAUCGGAGAGAGUCUAUCCAGUCUGCCACAAGCAACUUGUCCGCCGCCAUAAACCUGGACAGGUUUAAAGAUGCCGAAGAGGAUGACGACUUCUUCGGAGACGGCGGAGACACUAUUAGGGUCUCCAAGAGUCGUCAACCUAAACCUGUUUCCUUCAUUACACCACCUACCCCCCAGAAGGAAACAAAGCCCACAGAUGCCGAGGACGAUUUUGAAAUGGACCUCGAGCUCCCAUCAGAUGGAAAGCUCAAGCUCUCCACAAGAAAAGAUAUCCCCAAAACCCCCCUCAACCAGUCCGAGGAUCUGGAUUGGGGAGAAAGCAGUCUCGGGACUCGAUACGGUGGGACCCGACGGGAUGCACGAUCUGCCCGAAGCUCGUCAGCAUCGGCUCUUAGCCCCAGCGUGUCUAGUUCGAUCACCGCUGAAAGCGAGGAUGAGACUUUCGAUGGCCUGGUCCUCCCCCCCGGACCUGUCAACUGGACGGAAAGGCUGCAGCAGCGCCGGAAGAGCCGGUCUCCACAGCGAAUUUCCGAGGAACCCAUUGUACCUCCAAAGAAGGCGUCUGCAGCUGAAGCUGAUAGGCCUGACUUCCUGGAUGGUCUGGACCUUGGUGAUGGCGAUGUAUUUGACUCAAGCAAGCUCACUCUCCACAAGAAUGUUAGAGUCAAGGAGACGCGGCCUGCGAGUCCCGCUCGGCCCAAGGCGGCAGUGUCUCUGACAUUCACCAACAAGCCUGUCAACACUCGGAUACCUCGGCUGAACCAUCAUGAGCGGGCACACUCGACAGCUCUGGAGCCCGUGUACGAGAGUGGUGGUCCUGCCCCCCAACGAAGCCGUCACUCCCAUUCUAGGCUGGGCCACUCUUCACAAUCUUCCGUCGCCAGCCUUCCAACACCUACAACAACUUCACCCCAGGGUUUGCCACCGACCCCUCGAAGAAGGGAGCUUGGUCUCAGAACAUCGACGAGUUCGCUCCGAACUGAGCCAACUACGACCAGUGCUCAGCUUCUUAAGCAAAAGCGUUCCCUGCCAGCUAUUAGGGCUUCGAACUCGUCGAUUAAGCCACCCACCUUCCGCAAUGAACGGCCGCCAUCGAGGUCGGAGAGCAACCGGCCAUCGUCUGGGGUCCGUCCCAAGACACCCGUGGAACGCCAACGACAGAGUGCCUCGGAGAGCCCUGCAACCACUCGCAAGUCUCAAAUGCCAUUCUUGCCUGCCGGAGCCUCCCAGUCACAGUCACAGCACGCUUCAUCAAAGAACAUGCGUAGCUUCCGUCGUCACGACUCUGACAACUCGAUUGAACUUCGACCCAACUCUCGCACAAUAUCUAGGUCAACGAUGCGGUCUCCCAGUCCAAAUCACCGUUACCGAGUCGCUGCUGAUACGUGGGAGCGACUGAGCAAGCCAAAGAACAAGAAAAACUUUGGCGACGGGCAUGAGCUGGACGCCUUUGACGAUCUACCCACCUCCAGGGAGACCGAGACCAAAUACUUGAAGCAGCCUACGACAUCUGGACCUAAGGCUGCUAUGCGAAACAAGCUUUAUCACAACGUUCUUCCGGACAGGACCACGACGAUAUCUCCCUCAAUACCGCAGACGCCGCGACCUUCUUUUACGCCUCACUUUGCUCGUGACACGGCUGCGAGUAGGAUCGCGAGGGAGACUGCUCUGGCCCAACGAGUCCCUAGCAGCGGCUCGUUGACUCCUUUAGGCACCCAACGUGCUACCCAGCUCAAUACGAGGGCCAGCAAUCUUAACCCUUCUCUUCCUCAGUCGACUGUCCGGUCCAAGAAGCACAAGAGACACCAGCAGACAAAACCCCAUCUCAUCUCGAACCUGAAUAGCGGAAAGGAGUCGAAGAGUAAGUUGAUGAUACCUAGUCCUUUCGGAACUAGUGCUAACCAAGCCACAGUGGUGAACGGGAUGUAUUAUAAUGCGGACACAUACCGGUGGGAAGGUAACGAGAAUGCUCUGCAUGUCUUUGACCCGCCGGUACAAACGCCGACUCAGGUCGCAAGCAACACACGCGAAAAGGAGGCGCCGACACCUCGGCCCGCGCUGAUCACCAACAUUAGCGCGACCAAGGGUGUCCAGGUCGUCGGUGGCAUGGUCUUUGACCCCCAAAACAUGUGCUGGCUCAAACUUGACCAGCCCACAAAGCCAAGCUCCGAGCUCAGCGACCCCAUGGACGGUUUCGAUGCCCUUGACGACGAGGACGUUUUUAAGGAUAUUCCCGAUCUCGAAGACAACACUGCCGAUGACGAGGGUGUCCAGGGCCGUGUCAGCGACAUCAAAGAUGACUGGCUCGUGGGUGAAGAGUUUGAUGUUGGACCCGAGUUCAUCAGACGACAGCGCGAAGAAGAAGAGCGGUGGCGGAAGAAGUGUGAGAGAUGGAUCGGCCGAGGCACGAGAGAUCGUGAAGCCUGGCGAUGGACGAUCCGAGAACUCGUCUCUCAAUUCGACGACUUGGCCAUGUGA